AUGUUAUCCACACCAUUUACUUUAUGUCGCUCAGCCAUAAAGAAUGAUUGUAUACGCUGAUGUUUCGAAUGGUAGCAGAAGCAGACUCCCAUCCAGUAAACGUCACCUUUGAAGCGACCAAUCGAAUUAAACUGUUAGAACAUGCAGACUCACACCAAGUAGCAGCGGGUAAUCGAGAUUUACGCGUUGCUGAAAGUAUUCAAAAGUACUGGAUAUAAAGCUAAAUUAUAUUAAAAUAUUGUCUUUACUACUCUUCUGAUAUACGUUACAUUAAUCGUUUGACUUUUGUGUUGUCAAAACGGUUUUCUUGUUUUCAAAUUUGGCAACCCCCCCCCCCUCGGUAAGUCAACAUGGUUCAGACCGAAUCCCCUCUGUCAGUUUCAAGUUGCGCCUACUAGUCCCUGACUGGCUGGCCUGGCAGGACUAAACUAGCAAUACUCUCGAACAGGACGAGAUAACACGUUAGAUUCGGGAUAAUAUGUGAACCUGUUUACCUGCAAUGGAAUUUCUAUUGAGAUCGGUGGAUGUAUUAAUGUCAUGAUUCAAAGGUGGAAGCGGCUUGAGGCUGGCAGUUAGACGAUCCUCCCCCAUCGUCGGAGAGGCGGCGUCAGGGCCGGUGUGAGGGCCGGUGCUGGAUCCAGAGACCCCUGCCAGGGGGGGGGGUUUCAGGGCCCUCAUCGCCCUGCGGGUGUGAGUCUGGACCAUGGGGGACGUGGGCGCGGCGGCGGCGGGGGGCGGGGUCAAGGUGAUCCGCUCGCACACGCUGUUCGACAACUUCGUCCAGGCCAGCACAUGCAAGGGCACGCUGAAGGCCUUCCAGGAGCUGUGUGACCACCUGGAGCUCCAGCCCACAGACUCCCGGGUCUUCUACCACAAGCUCAAGUCCAAGCUCAACUACUGGAAGGCCAAGGCGCUCUGGGCCAAGCUGGACAAGAGGGCCGGCCAGAAGGAGUACAAGAAGGGCAGAGCGUGCGCCAACUCUAAGUGUCUGAUCAUCGGUGCGGGGCCCUGCGGCCUGCGUACGGCCAUAGAGCUGGGGUUCCUGGGGGCCAAGGUAGUGCUGCUGGAGAAGAGAGACAUCUUCUCCAGGAACAACGUGCUCCAUCUCUGGCCCUUCACCAUCCAGGACCUCCGGGGCCUGGGGGCCAAGAAGUUCUACGGGAAGUUCUGCGCUGGCGCUAUCGAUCAUAUCAGUAUCCGUCAACUCCAACUCAUGCUGCUCAAGGUGGCUCUGCUGGUGGGCAUCGAGAUCCACGUCAACGUGGAGUUCAAGGGGCUGAUCGAGCCCCCCGAGGACCAGGAGAGCGAAAAGAUAGGCUGGCGGGCUGAGAUUAACCCCAGGACACACCCCGUCAACGAGCUGGAGUUUGAUGUCAUCAUCGGGGCCGAUGGAAGGAGAAACACCCUGGCAGGAUUCGCACGCAAGGAGUUUCGGGGAAAGCUGGCCAUCGCCAUCACGGCAAACUUCAUCAACAGGCACACGACGGCAGAGGCCAGCGUGGAGGAGAUCAGCGGCGUGGCGUUCAUCUUCAACCAAAAGUUCUUCCAGGACCUCCGAGAAGCCACAGGGGUUGACCUGGAAAACAUCGUCUACUACAAGGACGACACACACUACUUUGUGAUGACGGCCAAGAAGCAGAGCCUCCUGGAGAAAGGAGUCAUCCUGCAUGACUACGCGGACACGGAGAUGCUGCUGUCCCGGGCCAACGUGGACCAGGCCGCCCUGCUCUCCUACGCCUGCGAGGCCGCCGACUUCUCAACCAAUCGGCAGCUGCCCGCGCUCGACUUUGCCAUCAACCACUAUGGCCUGCCCGACGUGGCCAUGUUUGACUUCACGUGCAUGUACGCCUCGGAGAACGCCGCGCUGGUCCGGCAGCGCCACGGCCACAAACUGCUGGUGGCGCUGGUGGGGGACAGCCUGCUGGAGCCUUUCUGGCCGAUGGGGACGGGCAUUGCCCGAGGGUUCCUCGCUGGCAUCGACUCAGCCUGGAUGGUGCGAAGCUGGGCUCAGGGAAACAGCCCCUUGGAGGUGUUGGCCGAAAGGGAGAGUAUUUACCGCCUGCUGCCGCAGACCACACCGGAGAACGUCAGUAAGAACUUCAGUCGUUACAGUGUGGACCCCACCACGCGCUACCCCAACGUCAGCCUCAACUUCCUCAGGCCAAACCAGGUCCGCCACCUCAUUGACAACGGGGAGUCCAGAGAAAUGCGCAUUGAGAUUGAGAACGUGAUCAACUCUGCGUCGUCCAAAUUGACCAGGAACGAAUCCAUCGCUCGAUCCAGUAAGCUUCUCAACUGGUGCCAGAGGCAGACAGAGGGCUAUAAAAACGUCAAUGUUACGGACCUCACCACGUCCUGGAAGAGUGGGCUGGCCCUGUGCGCCCUCAUACACCGUUACAGACCGGAUCUCAUGGAAUACGACUCGUUAGAUGAGCGGAACCAGGAGAGGAACAAUCAGUUGGCGUUCGACGUGGCAGAGCGGGAGUUUGGCAUAUCCCCCUGCAUGACGGGCAAGGAGAUGACCUCCGUGGCAGAGCCCGAUAAGCUCUCCAUGGUCAUGUACAUCAGCCAGUUCUACGAGAUGUUAAGGACACAGUGCCACCCGGAGAUAACCCCAACCUGAGUCCAGAGGACAAGACGGCGUUGAUCGCGAGCACCAAGUCGCCCAUCUCCUUCCUCAGCAAGCUUGGCCAGAGCAUCGCCAUCUCCAGG